AUGACAGCAGGCCGAGCUCGGGCUCCGCGUGGAAGAAGCGGCUCAACCCCUCCUUUCAGGACACCGUUAGGAGGCAAGCUUGUACCUGAAGCCAUGAGUAAAAACAACCAGUGGGAUGUGAACAAAGCACUAACUCUUGCAAGCCUCUUCCAUUUUCUUUAUGGGGCAAGCAAUGCCUGCACAGCCCCAUUUUUAACUCUGUACUUUCGGCAGCUGGGAUUAACUGCACCUUUAGUAGGGAUUAUUAUUGGGCUGAAACACUUAAUCGCUUCUCUUUGGGCCCCGCUAUGUUCCUACUUAGCAAAAACCCACGAUAAAAGGAAAGUUCUCAUAACUGGAUCUCUGUUGUGCUCUGUUGGAGCAGGUUUGCUUCUUACUCUUGUUCCACCUGUGAGCAAGGACAUUGCCUAUAAAUACUGUAAUGUGAGCCAGCACUCAGGGAAACUACUUACCACAACCCAGGAGCCUGAUAUUAGUACAAAUAAUCUGAGUGCAGUGAAUUUCAGACUCAUCACUGAUACUGGAUCAGUUGGAAUGGCUUCUAAUGAUAUGGUGACUGCCAGAAUGCCAACAGGAGCACAUACACGACUAAAGAAAAAUUCCUCUAUAAAAAUUCUUUCUGAGAUAAACCAUCUAGUCACUGACAUUAAUACUGAUAAACAGCAAUUCAUUGAUGGCUCCUCUGGUGAGACAUCUGAGAAAGAAAGUCUCCUACUGGAACAAAAGUUAACGACCCUUCCUGUGAAAGGAUCCUUGAAGGCAACCAGAAACCCAACAAGUGGCAUCAUGAAUAUCAAUGAAAGUUCUGAGGGAAACAGCAGUUCAGAGAGAACUCACUUCACACUUCACACAGCGCCUUUUACAAAGACUUCCUCCAUCUUCAAAAACUUAUCAGGCCGAUGGGGAAGAGCACAGGAUGUAAGCUCCCACCUUCUGCAAGGUAUUGAGUUCUUAAACAACCAGCAUGAGGUCUUUCUCAUGGUGCUAGGUGUGGUUGUGCUUUGGGAGCUCCUGGCAGCACCUCUUGGGUGGAUGGUUGAUGACAGCCUCUAUGAGUACCUUGAUUUUGUUGAUGCUGCAGAUAAAUACGAGAAUCUUUGGAUUUGGAGUUACCUGGGAGCAUCUGUGGGAGCCUGCAGUGUAACAGUAUUUGUUGAUCAUCUGAACUGCUUUUUGAGCACCAAUAUCCCACGGUUUGCAGUACAUUUUUAUGGCUAUGCCUUACUGAUAACCUUAACAUUACUUGUCAGUGUCUUCUUUCCCAUUCCUGUGUCCCAAAAAAAUGAACAUAUCAAUAAAACGGGCAAAGCUUUGAACCUUAUUGGGAGUGAUGGCCGAACCAUCCUGUGUGCUGUCACCAUCUUCCUCACGGGAGUCAUUGGCUCAACAGUGCAGAAUUUUCUUUUCUGGCAAAUGCAAGAUCAAGGCAGCAGUGAGUUGAACAUGGGCCUUGCGGUGGCCACUGGACUGAUUGCUGAAAUUCUGCUCUACGUCUUCAAAAGCAAGUUGCUAAGGGCACUCUCAGGUGCUGGCACGGUUGCUUUGAGCUUAAGCUGCCUGGCUGCACAGCUGCUGUACUACUCAUUCCUGUGGAACACCUGGGCAGUACUGCCAAUCCAGAUCCUCUGUGCCUUCAGCAAUGGUGCCUUGUGGUGGGCUGUGAACAUGGUAGCAGAUGACAUUGCCACUCCUGACACAGAGAAAUCUCUGCCUCUGGUCUUACAAGGCCUAUCUUGUGGAUGUGGAGCCAGUCUGGGCAGCUUUGCAGGAGGGUUUGUUGUGAACACUUUUGGCCUGGCAGUACUCUACAGAGCAUGCUCCAUUACUUUAAUACUCUGGCUAAUCUUGUUCUUGAUUGUCCAGUCGAAGUUGCCACGGCAGAAAAAAAUUAACUAUUCCCGUCUCCUAGCUGCAGAUUCUAGUGAUAUGAGUGACUCUGAUGAUGAUAAAGAAAGGGAUUGGCUAGUGAAAGCUAUGAAAGAUGAGAACUUCAGUAGGAACUGGUAACAGUCUUGCAUUUCUUCAGUCUGUUGGCCAAAAUGCAGACUUGGAAGAAAUAGGGUGUGUUUAUGAGAAAUAAAGCAAAACUCUGCACAUGUAAUCUCUGCGGAACUAUUCUACUAUCAGUGGGAUUUACAAUGUACAUAUUUUCUCAGAAGGAGAUGAUAAAGAUUUUAUAAAGAUUUUAUUUUCUUAAAAUUAAUUUAUUGUAAAUAUCUGUAGCAAUUUUACUUUUCUAAAAUUUAUGUUUCAGAG